UGUUUUUUCUUCUACUCGAGUCUUCAAAUUAAAUGCGCUUCAAAUUCAAAGUUGAAAAGCCUCCCCCUCAAAUUCCAAGAAACCUGACAAACACGGGCCACGCCAUUCAAAUCGAAGGUACCUUCCACCUCCAUUUCCCAGAUCAGACCCCACUCCUUCCCACCGAAACCAAAACCCAUCCAUUCUGUGUUGAAACCCAUCCAACCUUCCAAAUUUCACUCUUAAAACCAACAAAUAUUCCUCACAAACACAAGCAUGCAGCUCCCAGUUCUCACCUGAACACAACUACUUUGUGGUUUCCCUUAACCUUCGCAUAAUUUUUUUUAUCGCGUCACCCACAGUUCUCUCUUUUCAGUAUGCCUAACUCCGACAGGCUGCCGGCUUCUUCGUCUCCAUCGGAGUCUGCUCUCGACACCUCUUCACUCCUUGGCUACUCCUUAGCCGACAACCUCUUUCGGAGCCGCCGGUUCAUACGGCGCACGCCACCUCCGCCCCUUCGCGGCGCUUCCCGCCUUCUUCGGCGCGCCAGUGGGCGCCGCAUGAUGCUCCGUGAGCCCUCGUUCCUGGUCCGAGAGAACGCUGCCGAGCAGCUCGAGGAGCGGCAGCGUGACUGGGCUCACUCAAAGCCGGUGAUAAUAUUGGAUGUUCUAUGGAACCUGGCGUUUGUGGGAAUUGGGUUCACAGUCUUGGGCCUCAGCAUGAAGGAGACGCCGGUCGUCCCGUUGAGGCUCUGGAUUAUUGGGUACGUGGCGCAAUGCUUGAUGCACAUAGCCUGUGUAAUCGUGGUGUACAGAAAGCCACGCGUGGAGCGUACGUUGGGCCCGGAGGGAAGUGCGGGUUGGGAAAAUGGUGCGGAUGCGGAUUCGAAUUCAGAUUCCGGGUCUGCGAGUGAUGCAGAUGAGUAUGGAAUAGGGCAGCGUCAGGUUGAGGAAGAAACUAGUGUUCUGAAGAAUCUUGAGACUGCAAAUACAAUGUUUUCAUUUAUCUGGUGGAUCAUUGGAUUCUACUGGGUAACUGUUGGUGGUCAAACUUUGACACAUGAUUCACCUCAACUUUACUGGCUUUGUAUUACGCUUCUAGCGUUCGAUAUCGUUUUUGUUGUGAUCUGCGUUGCCGUUGCAUCUCUUGUUGGUAUUGCUGUCUGCUGCUGUCUACCGUGCAUAAUCACAAUCUUGUAUGUUGUGACAGAUCAGGAAGGAGCAACAAUGGAUGAGAUUGACAGAUUGCCAAAGUACAAAUUCCGGAAGAUAGGUGAUGUUGACAAAGUUGAUGGUGAAAUUCAAGAAUCAUUCAGGGGAAAGAUGACUGAAUGCAACACUGAUACUCCCAUUGAACGUGUUCUGUCCCAAGAGGAUGCUGAGUGUUGUAUCUGCCUUUCUGCCUACGAUGACGGAACAGAACUGCGCGAACUUCCUUGCAAUCACCAUUUCCACUGCACCUGCAUAGACAAGUGGCUACACAUUAAUGCGACCUGCCCUCUGUGCAAAUUCAACAUAUUGAAGUCUGUAAACCAAAGUGGUGAAGAGGCAUAGAAGAAAAAAAGUUCAUCGACCAAGUGCUGAUCUUUUCUAACAUCUGCAUAUAUCUCAUGCAAACAUUGGCAUGCAAUCAGCAGCCCCCGGACCAGAACUUGCUUGCUCCAAUAGACACUUACAGGAUGGGUUCUUCUGUUAGCUGAUGUAUACUCAGUUGUUAUAGUGUUCCACUUUUUAGACGAUUCUAAGUCGUCUGUAAUGUAUAUGGGUUUACGAAGCUAUGCCUACCAUUCUAGUAGGUUUCCACGAUAAUUGUAACGAGAAAUUAUAUUUA